GCCUUCAUCAAACUCACGCCUUCUCUUCUUCUUUUCCCGUCUUCUCCGCUUUAGGUUUCCGUCUCUGUUUCCCUCUUUACAUUUUCCCGAGAAAAACUUCACAUUCUCGCCUUUGUUUUUUCCUCUCUCUCUCUUUCUUUUUCUUCAUUUGCAUGGUUGGUGAAUAACAAUUUCGUUUUGUUGAGUUCAGAUUCGUUGAAAAGUCCUUUCUUUUUUAAAAAAAAGUUUGUUCUGAAAACUAUUCAUCGUGGAGAUUCUCGGAUCAGGUAGAGCUGCUAGAGGUGGAUUUCACGGCGGGGAUAGAUUCAUCUUCUGCCUUCUCUUGAGGGGGUAGCCGAGGCUCCGGCCUCGGCGGUUUUUAAACCCCUACCUUCACAAAAUCUGGGAAAUUAAUCCAAAAAAAAAAGAAAAAGUUUCGAUUUUUUUUCCUCUGUUUCUCGAAAAAAGUUUUAGUUUUUGUUCGAGAAUUGCUUGUAAAAGUGAGAUUGUGAUCGUUUGUUUUUGUUGCUGAGAAGAGAAGAUAUACAAAAAGAUGCCUGCUUUAGCUUGCGUUUGUACUUCCUUUGUUCCUCCUAGCUACGCUUUCUCCAACACCACCGCCGCUGAUGUCUUUAUCCCGGCGUCUUCACCAACUUCCGCCGCUCAGGCCCCGCUUAGCACAUGUGCUAUCCCGGCGUCUUCACCAACUUCCGCCGCCGCUGCUUCCGUUGUUGACAGCUCUCGCCGUUGGUCUUCCUCUCUCUCGUCGUCUCUUUACCGAAUCGAUGGAUGGGGAGCUCCUUAUUUCGUCGCUAAUCCCUCUGGUAACAUCUCUGUUCGUCCUCACGGCUCUGAGACUUUGCCUCACCAAGACGUCGAUUUGCUCAAGAUCGUUAAGAAGGUGACGGAUCCGAAAUCCUCCGGUGGUUUGGGGUUGCAGCUCCCUCUUAUCGUUCGUUUCCCUGAUGUGUUGAAGAACAGGCUCGAGUGUCUUCAAUCUGCGUUUGAUUUCGCGAUUCAGAGCCAAGGGUAUGGUGCUCAUUACCAAGGUGUUUAUCCUGUGAAAUGUAACCAGGAUCGAUUCGUUGUUGAGGAUAUUGUCAAGUUUGGAUCUUCGUUUCGGUUUGGUUUGGAAGCUGGCUCUAAACCUGAGAUCCUUCUCGCUAUGAGCUGCUUGUGUAAAGGUAACCCUGAUGCCUUUCUUGUGUGUAAUGGUUUCAAAGACGCUGAGUAUGUGUCCUUGGCCCUGCUUGGGAGAAAGCUUGCGUUGAACUCUGUGAUUGUGCUUGAGCAAGAAGAAGAGCUUGAUUUGGUUAUUGAGCUUAGCCAGAAGAUGAAUGUGAGGCCUGUGAUUGGGUUAAGGGCUAAGCUGAGGACUAAACACUCGGGGCAUUUUGGUUCAACUUCAGGUGAAAAGGGCAAGUUUGGAUUGACUACUACUCAGAUUGUUCGUGUGGUGAGGAGGCUGAGCGAAUCUGGUAUGCUUGAUUGUCUCCAGCUUCUGCAUUUUCACAUUGGUUCACAGAUUCCAUCGACUUCGUUGCUCUCUGAUGGUGUUUCCGAGGCUGCUCAGCUUUACUGUGAACUUGUGCGUCUUGGUGCAAAUAUGAAAGUUUUCGAUAUCGGUGGUGGUUUGGGGAUUGACUACGACGGGUCUAAAUCUGGAGACUCGGAUCUCUCUGUUGCUUAUACUCUCGAGGAGUAUGCUGAAGCUGUUGUAGCUUCUGUUCGCUUUGUGUGUGACAGGAGAUCAGUGAAACAUCCGGUGAUAUGCAGUGAAAGCGGUAGAGCUAUAGUCUCUCAUCACUCUGUGUUGAUCUUUGAAGCUGUCUCGGUAGCUAAACCGAUGGUUCAUCAUCAAGAGACUCCUAACGAUAUUCAGUUCCUGCUCGAAGGUGAUGAGGAAGCUCUUGCCAAUUACGAGGAUAUUUAUGCUGCUUUGAUGCGUGGAGACCGUGAAAGCUGCCUCCUUUAUGUCGAUCAGCUGAAGCAGAGGUGUGUUAAAGGUUUCAAAGAAGGUGUUUUCAGCAUCGAGCAGUUAGCUUCUGUUGAUGGGUUAUGCGAGUGGGUGUUGAAGGCUAUAGGUGCAUCUGAUCCGGUUCAUACUUACAAUAUCAAUCUAUCAGUCUUCACUUCGAUUCCUGAUCUCUGGGGGAUUGAUCAGCUGUUUCCUAUUGUUCCUAUCCAUAAGCUUGAUCAAAGGCCAGGGGCUCGUGGGAUCUUCUCGGAUUUAACUUGUGACAGUGAUGGGAAGAUUAACAAGUUCAUAGGCGGGGAAACCAGCUUGCCGUUGCAUGAGCUUGACAACAAUGGCAGUGGAGGAAGUGGAGGAAGGUACUUUUUGGGUAUGUUCCUUGGAGGGGCUUACGAGGAGGCGCUAGGUGGAUUUCACAAUCUGUUUGGUGGGCCAAGUGUGGUCCGUGUCUCGCAGAGUGAUGGACCACACAGCUUUGCAGUGACCCGAGCCGUGCCUGGUCAGUCCUCAGCAGAUGUUCUCCGACUAAUGCAGCAUGAACCUGAGCUAAUGUUUCAGACCUUGAAGCACCGAGCAGAGGAAAUGAUGCAUACCAAAAGCAGUAGCGAUGAAGACGAAGUAGAAGAAGAAGAUGAUGAUAAUGAGUUCAACGAUGUCGCGGCUUGUCUCGAUCGUUCGUUCCACAACAUGCCGUAUCUUGCAACUGAGCAGGCAUCGCCAAGUAACUCUCUUUCAGCUGCGAUCAAUAACCUCGGGUUUUACUACUGCGAGGAAGACAGCUUCGAUUACCUCUCUGUGUGAGGGAAGCUGGUCGUAGUGUGGUUUGUUUGUUGCAUUAUUUUACUUUCAAUAAAUUUACUAUUAAAUAAAGAAAUGAUGAGAUCCAUGAUCCAUCGUUGUUGUUUAAGGUUUUUAAUAAAAGAAUCCGAAUGAAUGAUGAGAGCCUUUUGUUGUAAUUCGGAUCUUGUUAUCUUGUUUUACUGAAUUGAAAAAUAUCAUUUUAUAAA